AACCAUGCAUGAUGUGUAUCAGCAGUAUAGUGUGGGGUGGCUGGAACAAGUGUUGGUAUUUCUUCGGCUACGAGGCAACUUCCGCGCAAGGGUAGGUUUCGUUUCUGUAGUGCAACCUUUUUUGUAAAAGUCUGAAUAUUGCUUACUCUAACCUAUUUUAUGUAUGUCCAUUGGUGUGCGUGAUUUUGUCUUCUUUCUUUAAUGCCUUCUAGCAUUCCGCACGAUAUCAACACAAUGCACGAGCUAUGGGGUGUCAAUACUUACCGCAAGCAAAACAAGUAUCUGAGUACCUGUAGCAUAAUGCAAGCCAUCAAAGAACUUCCGGAAAGCGAUAUAAAGACAGAAUGUCUCGAGCUCCAACGCAAAUUGAUCAAAGAAUACGAAAGGCUUUCCGCCAAGUACCACACCAACAAGGUCGACAACGAAGACAAUAGUCUUGUGCUGGGGUAGUGUCUCUCGAAACUGGUCAACAGCAAUAAAGAAAUCAACGCUAUCAAAAUACCGUAUAUAAACUAUGGCGUUGAGA